GGCCAACUUUUCUCAAUUGCUGCUCCAGACGGUGGCAUUGCGGGAGCGUGAGCCGCACGACCUACCUACCUACCUAGGUAGUCUUGGUAGUCCAGUCUGUGCCGGACGCUUGUCCGAGCGUCCUCUCUCCCUUCCUCUCCCUUGUCUCUGAUUUGCAAGCUUACUCUUAAGGUUGCCGGGUGGCUCCUCGCAAGUCCCGCCCAGUGCGGGGACGCCUAGCGGGAAGAGGAAGGCGUCAAGACAUUGCGGACUGGCACGAUACGCAACGACGACGGAGCACGUCAGACCGGGGCGCCGUUGGGGUUGGCACCGCGUCUUUGGCCCACGCUCUAUCGCGAUGCUGCGCCGCGUCGGGGACGGACGGUGCUUUGUACCAGACGGCUGGAUUCAGUCCCUGGCGAAGUAGUAUCCUCAGUGCCCGGCGGCGCCGACGAACUCGCUUUCCGCUUGCGAGCCGUCAUCGUCACGGCGCUUUCGCCAUGAACUCAUCGCAGUGUUUCUUGUCACCGAGCCUUUCGGCAAGCUAGACUCGCACGGCAUCACGACGGCCGCCGAGGCAUCGGACUGUGUCCUCCGUGACGUAGUGUGGGAAGCAGCCGUCGAAUGUCACCCUGCGAGAGCCCUCGCCAUGCCUGGACUCGAGCAAACAGACACGCCGAUCAUGCCCUUCCUAGCCAACACCGGGAUCGCUCGCCCAGGCCUCUUGUGCACCGCCCCGGCUGGGAUGCGACCUUGCGGACGUGCCGGCGCUCUCCACGAUGCUUAUCGACCUACCCAAAGCAUGCAAGCGACUCUGCUUCAUGGCCUGUCCAGGUGCGCCGACUGGUGUCCUUUUGUCAACACGGCGCCGUCUGCCAAGGCCUGGCUGGCUCUGGCUUGUCGCCGACGGGUAUAAAGAGGAGGCCAUGGCGGGAUAGACGCCGAGUGAGCUCACGAGGUGGCAGACGUUGCACCACCAUCCAUCCAGACAAACCUCUCCUCACGCCCGCGAGACAAGAUGAAGGCCCCCGUUGCAUCGCUGCUCGUUACGGCGUUGGCCGGCGCCGCCAUGGCCCGGCCCGGAGGCGACGGUGGCGUCAAGGCGCCCCGGGCCAAGGCCGCCUUCGGGCCGGCCGAGCUCAAGGCGUACAACGCCCCCAACGCCGUCUCGAUGGAGGUGCUCAAGCAGAAGAAGCUCGACCAGCUCGCCAAGGACGAGCAGGCGGGCGUCUUUGCCAAGGACAAGUACACGCUGCAGGGCGCCACGUCGUGCGCCGGCGGCAAGGCGGGCGAGUACUCGUGCAACAAGGUCGACCUCAAGGGCUUCCUGCGUCACCAGGACCUGCAGAGCCGUUCGCGCCGCGGCAACGACAUCUGGGGCUGGACCGCCCCCAACGGCCGCGAGUUCGCCAUCGUGGGCCAGGCCGACGGGACGGCGUUUGUCGAGGUGCUCAAGGACGGGAGCCUGCAGUACGUGGGCCGCCUGCCGACGCAGACGGAGGCGUCGACGUGGCGCGACAUCAAGGUGAUCAAGAACCACGCCUACAUCGGGUCCGAGGCGCCGGACCACGGGCUGCAAAUCUUCGACCUCAGCAAGCUGCUCAAGGCGGACCCCAAGAACCCGCCGAGCUACAGCACGCGCAGCGACCUGGCGGCGCACUUCAGCGGGUUCGGCAGCAGCCACAACAUCGUGGCCAACGAGGAGACGGACACCAUCUUCGCCGUGGGGACGGCGCGCAACGAAAAGUGCCGGGGCGGGCUGUGGAUGAUUGACGUGUCGAACCCGCGGCGGCCGCAGGACAACGGGUGCGUGGCGCAGGACGGCUACGUCCACGACGCGCAGUGCGUCGUCUACCGCGGCCCGCAGAGGGACUUUCAGGGCCGCGAGAUCUGCUACUGCUAUAAUGAGGACAGCCUGACCGUGGUGGACGUGACGCGGCGCGCGCAGCCGGUGCAGCUGUCGCGCACCACGUACAACGGCGCGACCUACACGCACCAGGGGUGGCUGGCGACCAAGGACAUGCGCUACCUGCUGCUCGACGACGAGCUCGACGAGGAAAAGGGCUCGGGCCCAGCCGCCGACGGCCACACGGCCACCUACAUUGUCGACGCGUCGGACCUGCGCAACCCCGUCUUCACCGGCGUGUACAAGAGCCCCGUCAAGUCCAUCGACCACAACCAGUACGUCAUCGACGGCAUCUCGUACCAGAGCAACUACGGCUCCGGCCUGCGCGUGGUCAACGUCACGUCCAUUGCCGAGGACGACACGGGCGCCCAGUUCAAGGAGAUUGCCUUUUUCGACGUGCGGCCCGAGGACGACGACAAGGGCGGCGAGGUGACGUUUAACGGGGCCUGGUCCGUCUAUCCCUAUUUCAAGAGCGGCCACGUCGUGGUGAACAGCAUCGAGCGCGGGGUGUAUUCUGUCAAGUUGAACCUGUAGCGCAGCGCAGCACAUGAACGAACACAAUGAUGAUGAUGAGGUGGGC